AUGGAAUCUGCCAAUGCUCAGAUCAACAACGCUCAGAUCAACAAUAAUGACUCACUCAACUCACUCGUGCCCGCGUUCCAACCAGAUGUCCCAGGCCCGCUGAUUGUCAGCGGUUCAGUGGUGGGAGUGUGGAACAACGCAGUUGAAACGGCCCAAUACCGAAUCCAAAGUCAUACUCCUGCACCGCCUGCUCCCUUUCCGAUAACCAUCGAGGACAAGUGCUGGGUAAUGCUGAUGGCGUUGAGGAGGGAAGAAGAGUUGCAGGAGACAAUGAGAUACCUGGAAAACGCGUGGCGGGAGCUCACUGAAGUGAAGAAGCUGUUGGGGAUUGGAAUUGAGUUCGCCACAGGCGCCCACCUUGCUAUCGGUGAGACCGUGAGCGGGACUGUGCAGUUUCUGAAGAGGCUGGUAGUGCAGCAAACAGAUCAAGGCGAGAUGGCACAUUUGAAGCAGGGUUUGCGUUCGAUGCUUCAACAUCGCUUGGGAUUUCAGGUUCUUGUCGUCCUUGGACGCGGAAUACCUGCAGCAGGAUCAGCUUGUCCAGGCGUUGAAUUUGUCGGAGGAUCGUACAAAGAUGUACAAAUCGGGCACAAGAACGGCCACAGCUGUUUUCGCUUGCCUAACCCUUCAGCCCGACUGCGAGCACAAAGAUUGGGGAAACAGAAGGUUCAAACCACAAGAGAUCCUUCAGCAGUUCAUCCCAAACGACACACACGUAAUGGACUAACAACCUCCGUGGUCAUAUCUUCUGUGGCAGAGCUGAUGGUCGACACUCUAGACACAGCCUAUGUGAAAUUUUGCUGGCCGGUGAAGAAGUUAUUGAGAGGGAGAGUUUUGGAGGGUAUGAAAUUUGCUUAUGAGGAGAAGGAGACGGACAGCAUCACAUGGGGUGCAGGGUAG